GUGAAAUUCCACUUGCACGAGAGACCACGUGGUGUUCGUUUGCAAGACUUUUGGAAGAUGUGUGCUGCUGCUGCCACUGAUUAUAGAUACCUAAGAAGGUUUAGCCUAGUUUGCGCAGGAGUAGACGCUUUACGGGAUAUCAUCACCAUGUAUUCUGCAUCUGUUUUCACCUAGUUAUGAAGCUGAUCUGAAGGGAAUGAAAACCGAUGUUGGUUUUCAUCCUGUCGGCAUCGCUCUGUUCGGACUGGGACGUAUCGGAACGAUCCAUCUUGAAAAGAUAAUGUGUAACCCUCGAGCUGAGUUGUUAUACUGUGUGGAGGCGAGCAGAGCUAGAGGGGACUACGUACACGAUAAAUGGAAACUGUCAAAUACAAGAAUGUUGACACCGCCAGAGUCUGAUGUCGUCUUCUCUGACCCAAGAGUGAUAGCUGUGGUCAUCUGCACGCCUACGUACAGCCACGAGCUACUUGUCAAGAAAGCUCUAGAAACCGGUAAAGCCGUUCUCUGUGAAAAACCGUUAUCUCUCAGCAGAGAGGGCGCAGCGGAAUGUUACGAGGCAGCUUCGAAAGCCGGAAAACCUUUACUAUGUGCUUUCAACAGACGAUUUGACCCGGGGUUCAAGAACAUAAAAGACCGGGUAGAAAGGGGAGAUGUAGGUCAAGUUCAAGUAGUGAAGACUUGUAGCCGAGAUUCUCCUCAACCAUCCAUAGAGUACAUAAAGACCUCUGGGGGAAUAUUCCACGACUGUGCCAUUCAUGACAUUGAUCUGAUUUGCUGGAUAUUGGGGGAGCUACCCAUCUCAGUGUCCGCCCACUCUCAUGCCUUCAACAGCCUUUUCAAAGGCAUCGAUGACUUUGACACAGUUGGGAUAAUGAUGAAGUUUCGCAGUGGGGUCAUCAGCCUGAUCGAUCUCAGCAGAUGUGCGGUUUAUGGGUACGAUCAGAGACUUGAGGUUUUUGGGUCAAAGGGCAUGGUGAGCUCUGGUGACGUCAGACCAACGGGCGUAGUAUCACACUGCUCCAAUGGUACUACCGCUGUGCCCAUCUAUUACUCAUUUGCUUCCCGUUAUGGCGAUGCUUACUCUUUUGAGAUAGACCAUUUCCUCGAUACUGUCCAAGGUUUAUCUGAGGUAGAAAUUCGACCACAUGACACUUACGCCACAUCAAAAAUCGCAUCAGCCUGUGAAGAAUCGGCGAGAACUGGAAAACUUGUUACCAUUAGUUGGGACUAAGUUGUUGUUCUUUAACUUUACUGUAUCAUUUUAAAGAACUCUUUUCUUACUUAAAAGGUAUCAAAUAAUAAUAUUCCAUAAAUAAAAUACCUUUACCAAAUUAAAUGUC